GAUGAUUUAUUUACUCAAAAAAAUGAUAUUUGAUAUUAAAAAUACGGGUAGACUCUACAUUUGAAAGCUUUUGUGAAAGAAUAGUGAUCUUGGCGGAGCAACCCACUAUAUGACGUCACAGAUCUUAUGACCUCCAUUGCGGACAUAUUGAUAGAACUGCGAAAAAGUCGUCACAGAUAUCCUGGCAAAAACCUGUAAAUAGCAGUGAUUUUCAACUGGAUAGUAUAUCUUAUAAAGAAGACACAUAAUGACUUCAAGAAAGAAGGUCCUCCUUAAAGUUAUCAUACUUGGUGACAGUGGAGUUGGCAAGACUUCACUCAUGAACCAGUAUGUCAACAAAAAGUUCAGCAAUCAGUACAAAGCAACUAUUGGUGCAGAUUUCCUCACAAAAGAAGUCAUGGUUGAUGACAGAUUUGUCACAAUGCAGAUAUGGGACACUGCUGGGCAAGAAAGGUUUCAGAGCUUAGGUGUGGCCUUCUACAGGGGGGCAGACUGCUGUGUACUGGUCUUUGAUGUCACAUCACCAAAUUCUUUCAAAUCACUGGACAGCUGGCGAGAUGAAUUCCUCAUCCAAGCUAGUCCUAGAGACCCUGAACACUUCCCAUUUGUCGUAUUGGGCAACAAGGUUGACUUGGAUAACAGAAUUGUUUCUGCCAAGAGAUCUCAAAGCUGGUGUGACAGCAAAAACAGCAUCCCAUACUUUGAGACCAGUGCAAAGGAAAGCAUCAAUGUUGAACAGGCCUUCCAAACAAUAGCCAAGAAUGCCCUUGCACAAGAACCUGAUGAUUCAACGUACCAGGAUUUCCCCAGCCAGAUCAAACUUGAUAAUGACAACAAGGGAAAAUCAGAAGGAUGUGCAUGCUGAGGAAUGCCUACAUCAUAUGAUUUACCCCAUAUUUUUAUUUCUUUAUUUCUUUGUUCCUGGUAAUUAUUUUUCUAUUUAUUCUUUUAUUACCUUUUUUUUUUGUUCAGUUGAAAUGUUUGUUAUUCAAAAUUGGAGAAUAUAAUACAUUUCAUUAAGAAUUAUCCCAGCUGUAAAUAAUAGCUUCCCAUUUAAUCAUUCUUAUGUGUUAGAACUCUGUUUUGCCAUUGCAUUAUCUCAAUUAUCACUUCUUUCACAUUCUUUAUAGCAUACUCAUGCAUCACCCUUUUUUCAUUACUUCUCUUUCAUUAGAAUAUGGUGUAUAGCUUUAUUCGGGCUGGCGUAGCAUUAUUUUUACCAAAUGAUCUAUGUUUGUAAUCAUGAUGUAAUACUGUAAAUCUACAAAUGGAACUGUUUUCAGGGGCUUGUAGCAUAUAUUGUAUUGUUUUGACAAUGGCACAGUGCUAUAAGUAAUUUCUAUCUCUAGUCUUGUAAUAUCUUUAAAUGAUAAAUUUUAAAUUUCCAAGAAUAUUUAUGCUCACAAAUCUAGAUUUCAAUCUUCAUCUCAAAUUAAUAUUUUGUGUUUUUGUUCAGUAUGUAUGUGUGUGUUGGGAAGCAUAUUUACAGCUGGGGAAAACAUUUACAUGCAUUGCUACAUGUACUAUAGCAUGUAUCAUGUUUGUUUAUUUUACCCCAUUUAUUAUGUCCUUUUGUAUAAUUACAUGUUAUAUUGUAGAAUAAAUGUAUACUCAUAAAUAAUGUUUUUGGAAAGAAAUCUCAUUCAGUCAGGCGGAAUCGAAAGAAUGAGGGGAAAAUUGUUAUGAAACAGAGCAAAAACAUGAAAAAAAAUAGUCAAAUUACAUUUAUAUUAUAAUGAGGAAUGUGUUGUGAUACUGUAAUUAAUAUUGAUGAUAGGUUGUACAAAGCACACAUUACAUUAUGUACAUGAAUUAAUAAUGUGUUAACGUGAAUGACUGCAAAGAAAUGAAUGAACAUUUAUAUUAAAUACAUGUAAGUAUCUUUGUAAAGGUUGUUUGCCAGAGUUAAUUUCCUCUCUUUAUCUGUUCUCUUGUCUGUACUAUGCUAGUGCAGAAAAUAUAAUUGGUGAAGAGAAGAAUUAAAUCUUCUGUAGCAGAAGAUGAAGUGGUAUAUUAUAAAUACUCCAUUACUCCCUUUAUGCCUCUUUCAAACAUCCCCUUCCUACAAUUAAUGGAUAGUGAUCAUACAAGAUAUUUGCAUGCUUAUGCAAUCAUUAGCGAUUAAUGAAAAAAGUGACCCUGAAAAAAAAAAUCUAAAUAGAUGUAUAAGACAAUAAGGAACAUAUUUCUCUAAACAUGAAUGUAUGUUACCUUAACCCUAAUAUUUGAAUGUUUUGACUUACACUUCUUGGGUUGUAUUGCAUUAUCUAGUGUAUGGGUAGGUUGGUAAAUACUUAUCACAAUGGGCUAUGCUUUUUAAUAUAAUCUGUUGUGAGUUGGGCCAGUGGCUUUCAUAUUGUUUUGUCUGUAAUUGCAUUUUAGUAUAGGAAGUUCCAUGAAGAAAAUAAAAUAUAGACUUUCGGAUACAAGAUUAAUGAUAAUAAUAAAUGCAAUUUAUUAGGCUCCAUAUCCAUCUCGUAAGAGAUGCUCAUUAUAUGACCAUUGCCUUAACAGUUAAUCAUAUUUGACCUAAAACCAUCAGUAAUAAGUUUAGUAUCUUAAUAAUUAAAAAAGAAAAUAUUGUUAUGUUGUAUGUUUUAUGUAAUUUUACAGGAGAUUAUCUACGUUGAGUUUUUUCCUAGCGCAGUUCUCUAGCAUCUGUAGGCUGUUGUGAGUCAGCCAAUAAUACCAGCCAUUGUAGGGAAUUUUGCACAUGUGUUUUUUGACAAAUAAGACAAACCUGUCUGAAUGUAUAUAAAAGUGAUUUUAAUUGAUAUUAAAACAACAGCAAAAUGGAAGAUAUACAGUGAGUCCCACAAAAAAGGAAACCCAUUUUCAGAGAAAGAUUUCACAAUUAUUAAAUUUGGUUUUACUAUAAAUUUGAUACUCGUGGCAAGAGUGGUAUCUCAUCUCUAAUUUGAAACCAACAGCUUAGCAUAUUGUUCACGCAUGGCAGAUUACAAACAAAUACUGAAGCUUAUCAGUAACAAUUUGUGCAGAAACUCACGUGUGAAUCUGAAUCAACUCUCAUUUCAGUGAUCAGUUAGAGAAUCUUAUCAAAGAAUAAAAAGAAAUGCUAAUGAGCCAUUCGUCGAAUAAGCACGUUUGUCGUAUCACGAUCCAAUCUUCAAAAUCGUUUUGCUCCUUAAUGCAUGAGUGUUCGUCACAUAUUAGGUAUCAAAAUAAAGAGGAAUAACUGAAUAUGAUUAUGUAAAUUAUAUAUCAUAAUUUUAUUUGCAUUUGAAGAAAAAAAGACAUGGGAAUCUUGGUUUCCUUUUUUCUGGGACACACUGUUUAGUGUUAUAAGAAUUGGAAGUUUUGAAGCUAGAAUGAGAUCAAGACUGAAUACAUCAUAUGUACUCAUUACACUUUAAAUUUCUUUAAAGUGGUAAGAUGCACUUCUUUAAUUUCUAUUUCUCUUUUAUUAUUUUAUUUCAUUUUAUUUACAUCUUGACACAGAAUGGUAGAUGUGUAUCUGAUUGGUACUUGCUUGAUACUUGUAAUUGAGUACAUGUCGACUUGAGAAUAGGUGCAAUACAUGUUCAAGCAGAGGAAACAAACAGUUCUUAAUCUGGUCUUAAUGAAAUAAUUAUUCUAUCAAUUAUUCAGUUAAUCCAUUUAUAGAUGGUUUCUAAUAGAAUUUAUUUCAGUUCUAUGAUUUUGGUAAUAUUUUUUAGUGUUAUUAUGCAGAAGAGUAUGUGAGAUGAAUGUAAUUAUGAGCAAAAAGGGUUUUAUUAAUUAACAUUCCACUUACAAUGUUAAAGUAAAUUUACGAUAUUCAAAAAAAUAAAAAUUAGUAUGUUAUGGAAGGAUUGGUAUUGAAAAUGACCAUUAUAAACAUAACUCUGGAUUCAAUACUCAAUAUUGAUCAUGUUAGAAUGUCUUCAAACAUUUAUAUUGAGAGGGAAAAAAUGAACUGAAAACUAUUCCCACUUAUAUUUCAGUGGUAAAUUUGAAAAACAUACCAAGUAUGUCUAAUACUGUGAUAGUUUUAAGGGCUUUAGAAUGUACCAAUUUGUAUAAAUACAUGUAUACUAUGCUGUGUACAGAUAAUGUGCUAUAUUAUAUACUUAACAACAAAUGAAGAUUUGAUUGUAAUUUCUAUGUUUGUACUUUUCCUGUGCUUUGGAUUAACUACUUCAAAACGCUCUAUGUAAAGAAAGAUUUCAAUAUUAAUGACACACCUUCAUUUGAUGGAGAGUUAUAUAGAACAUGAACAUAUCCGGAGGAUGUUUCAUAAAGCUGUUCGUUAAGUUACGCACGACUGGAACAUGUUCCUAGGUCAAAAAUCAAUUACAUAGGGAUAUCACAUAGCACAAGAAAGGAUCACCAGUCAUGUGUUAAGUCAUUCAUAUCUUACAAACAGCUUUAUGAAACACCCACCUGGCACCACAAAAGGCCUAUUUGAUUUCUGCCUAUGUCAAGGUAUAGAGGUUUUCAUGGAGAACAUUACCUACAAUUUGCCGUGUUAAUGGAUCAGUGUAAAAUCAUAAUAGUGUAAAAUAAAUUACCAUUGAUGUCCCAAGCUGCCCUGACCCUAUUGCCUGUGACGAUAUGAAGUCAACCUUUCGCUUACUUACUUUGUAUUACACAGGGAGGAUGUAUAAAUCUGGAUUAAAUAAAAUUAUGUAAUAGUGAAAAAAAUA